AUGGAAGAAAGUAUUGAAAAUAGUGAGAGAAUAUUGAGAAUAUUUAAAAAUACUGAGUAUAUGUUAAAGAAUAUUAAGAAUAUUAAAGAAUAUCAAGAACGUAAUGAGAAUAUCAAGAUAUUUAAACAUUUUUUACCUCCUAUCGGUUCUCAUGUAUCAUCAGGUCAAAAUAAUAAUACUAUUAUACCUCCCACAAAUAACGGAUUGAUGAAUUCAAAUACUUCAGUUUCUUAUAAUAACGUCACCUCCGGAAAUCAAUAUGCCCAAACUUCUAUAAAGAAUGAGCAACCAUCUAUACAGACAAAUAAUUCUUCAUCUACAAAUACAUCAUCAAGUGUAACUUCUGCUGCACCACUAGAAGUUUUAGUCAGUAAUAGAAAAUCAUCUGCCACUACAACUCCAAUAACAUCACCUGCCAAAAAUCCUCAGGAUCUUCAUCUUGAAACUGGUGUCACAGGAAAACCUCCUUAUUCUUAUGCUACCUUGAUUACAUAUGCCAUUACCAACAGUCCAAAUAAACAACUUACCUUAAACGAGAUUUAUAAUUGGGUUAUGGAAAAUUAUCCAUACUAUAAGACCGCUGGAACUGGUUGGAAGAAUUCCAUUCGACACAAUUUAUCUUUGAAUAAGACAUUUGUACGCGUUCCUCGUCCAAUCAAUGAACCAGGUAAAGGUUCAUACUGGACUGUUGACUAUCGUGCAGCUGAAGCAGAACAACAACAUCGCUCACGUAGUCGAAAUAAUAGAUCUUCAAGUGAUCCAACUCCUUAUCGUCCAGAUUCAUGGACCUACGAUAGUCGAAGGUACCGGGAAACUAUGACUUCUGUACCUGAAAUGAAUAGAUCAUACUUUGAGAGUGUAGUAGGUCAAUAUGGUGGUAUGCCAAAUAUGCAAUCUCCAACGUAUCAUCGACCGAUUAGAUCUCCUCGCGGUUAUACACACCUUGGACAACCUUACCUUCCUGCACAAGGGAUUGGCGGAGGUGCUGGAAUCACUGGUACUCAACCAACAAUGCCUUAUCCUCCUGGUGCUGGCAUCGGAAAUAUUACAGCUGUCACUAAUUAUGAUAUUUCGGAUUAUACGAACAUUCAUGGUCAUGCUGCCGCUCACGUAGAUGGUCAUAACGCUGCCGCAUUUAAUGGAUAUGGUACUCAUUCAAUCUAUCAAUCACAAAUGACGACACAUCCAUCAGAAACCAACACAGCUGUAGCUCACGCUUCGUUUGUCUAA